AUGGAAGAAACACAUGGCGAGGAUUAUGUUUCCGAUCUACCCGAGGAUGACUUUAACAGGCAAGGGAAUCAUAGGACUGGUAUAACAGAUCUGAAGAAGAGAGGUCAUGUGAGUCGGUCUUGGAUAAAGAUUGAUCAGGAUGGAAAUUCUGAGGUUGUGACGCUCGACAAGGCUACUAUUAUGAGAGAUUGUUCUUUGCCUUCUAGAGAUCUUCGAUUGUUGGAUCCCAUGUUCAUUUAUACUUCUUCCAUAUUAGGAAGGGAGAUGGCUAUUGUUGUUAACCUUGAGCAAAUCCGGUGUAUAAUCACUGCGGAUGAAGUAAUUCUGAUGAAUUCAUUGGAUGGUACUGUUGGUCGGUACAGGUCACAAUUAUGCAAUCGGCUCAGGAAAGAAAAAUCUGAUGAUCUUCCCUUUGAAUUUCGAGCAUUGGAGUUGGCUCUGGAAUUGACAUGCACAUCUUUAGAUGCACAGGUAUUCAGUAUUAGCUGA